AUGAAUUUUUAGAUAGUUGCACAAUCAAUAAAGCAGGAGAUUAAUGUAUUGAAUGUUUUUGUAGUAAUUCUUAUAAUAAUGAGAUUUGUGAUUAAUCAAAAUGUAUAUGGAAUAAAAGAUGUAGAUAAAAAGUUUGUGAAUUAGCUUCUAGGAAUAUAAAAAGUUAUAAAAAAUGCUAUGAAUAUUUAAAUAAAUGUACAUUAAAUAAUUUGGGCUAUGGAUGUAUGUAUAUUCCACUAAGAUGUGAAGCAAUAACAAUAAAAGAUGGUUGUGUAUUAAGAAUUAGUAAACCUGGAGGUAGAGAAAUAGAAUGUGAAUGGGAUGGAAAUAAAUGUAUAGAUAAAUCUUGUAUAACUGCUCCUUCUUAUUUAACAAGUGAUUAAUAAUGUGAUAAUUAUUUAAAAGGUUGUGUAAUUAGAUAUGUAUAAGUAAAUUAAACUAUAUUUAGUAAUGUUUGUUAAGAAUUAUCAAAUUAAUGUGUAUUAAGAAUGAAUGCUGAAUAAUGUAUAAUCUAAAGAUUUGGUUAUCCAAUAUGUAUAUGGAAUCCUAAUAACAAUACCUGUUAAGCAAAAUCCUGUCAAACUGCGAGCAUUUAGAACUCAACAGGAUCAUUAAAUGAAUUUAAUUUAACAUAAUGUAUUUCUUAUUUACUGUAUACCUAAUUCUAAUAAUGAUGGAUGCAUUAAUUAACCAAGUUUUUGUAAUUGACUUUCAACAAAUAAUUGUUUUCAAUCUAAAGAAGGUGAAUGUUAUAUAAAAGAUGGUAAAUGUAUUUUUAGAAUUUGUCAGAAUAUUGAUGAAUAUUAACCUAAUAGUUGUGAUUAUAAUUAAUAGAAAUGUGGAGUCUCUUAUUAAAUUGUUGAAGUUGAUUUAUUUGUUUCUCAUUCCUCAAAUGAAUUAAAUUUAGAAUUCAAUAUUGAAUAAGGAAGUGGAGAUGGUAUUUUUUAUAAUUAAUUUAUAGAAUAUUUGGGAUUUAGAGACUUUCAUAUUUCAACGUCAAAUUAAAUCAUUAGUUGA